AUGGACGCCGUCAAUCGGAAGAUGUCCACGGUGGUGCCACUGCGCGGCCGCCUCUUCAGCAAAGACCUCGGCGCUGGGGCUGAUGCUAGUAAUCCUGCUCCUGCUGGUGGACUGCAAACCAUCGACGAGUCCACUACCUUCACCGAUGAUGAGACGCUGGCGGAGGAGUUUGAGGUGGACGACGAGUUCAAUCUGCCGAUCAGCGUCGCCGUCACCCUCCUCCUCCUCUACAUGAUGGCCGGCGCCGCCGUCUUCACCAUCUGGGAGAAGUGGACCUUCUUCGAGUCCUUCUACUUUGUGUACAUUAGCCUCUCGACGAUUGGCUUUGGCGACUACGUCCCCGAGCAUCCCGCCUUCAUGAUGUGCACCUUCAUCUAUCUGCUUUUUGGCCUGGCUCUCACCUCAAUGUGCAUCAACGUCGUCCAGGAGAAGCUGAGUGCCACCUUUCAGAAGGCGAAGCUGCGGAUCGGGGCCACUAUGGGCCUGGACAUGACCGCCAUGAUGGAGGAGGAGCUGAACCAGGACGAGACGAGUGUGCUGCAGAUGAACAACAACAACAACAACAACAACAACAACAACAAUAACAAUCCAAAUCCAAAGCCGAUUCUAAAGGAUGAAGGCAUUGGAGAUGCUCUGCGUGAGAAACGAGAGAAGAAGCGUAAAAUGUCGGCGGUUGAGAAGAAAGGUGGUGAUGAUAAGAAGGAAGUCGAUGGUGGAGGUAAAGGUGGUGGUGAUGUUGUUGCCGCUGAUAAGCCAAAAGGAAAGGGCGGCAAAAGCGUUGAUUUUAAGUAG